UGCACAGCGCCACUCACACUCGCACACAUUGUUCUGUGUCCAGCUGUGCCUUGUGCCUCUGUGGGCUGAGAUGACGACAAACCAGUGUGUGGGUGGAGAGAGAAAUGAGAAAAAAAGAGGGGGUCUCUGACUUCCAGAACAGUAGACUCUUCAUCACUUCACUUUAUCUCCUCGCGAGGUCAAUGUAUGGCGCCUGAGACCCUGGACCUUACCCGGAAAACUACAAUUCCCAAGAUGCAGUGGUGCAGGUGGGCAGGCAACUGGAAAUCACACCUGCCAGGAAAGUCCUCUGGGCCGGAGCAGGACGACUCCUUCGACUUCCUCUUUAAGAUCAUCCUGGUGGGAGACUCGGACGUGGGGAAGACCUGCGUGGUCCAGAGCUUUAAGUCUGGUGUCUUCAUGGAGAAACAACAAAACACUAUCGGGGUGGACUUCACCGUACGCACCAUGGACAUUGAUGGCAGGAAGGUCAAGCUGCAGGUGUGGGACACGGCUGGACAGGAGCGUUUCCGCACAAUCACCCAGAGUUAUUACCGCAGUGCCCACGGCGCUAUAGUGGCCUAUGACAUCACACGGCGUCCAACUUUUGAAUCUGUGACACACUGGAUCCAGGAAGUGGAGCAGUACGGGGCUGCCAGCGUUGUUCUCAUCCUCAUUGGGAACAAGUCGGAUCUGCAGUCGGAGAGACAAGUGCUGUUUGAGGAUGCCUGUACUCUGGCUGAAGGGAAGGGUGCGCUGGCUGCUUUGGAAACCUCAGCCAAGGAGGCCCAGAAUGUGGAGGCAGCCUUCGUGCUAAUGGCCCGGGAGCUGAUGGUUAGAAACGGCCUGACCAUCACAGACGAACACUCACAGGCCUCCCCACACUUCCCAAACUCACAUCCUAUCCAUGGCUCCGAUUCCACGGACAGGAAAUCAUGUUGUUGAGAGGAUUGAUGGACAAGGUUGUUGUGCUGAUGGUCCUGAUAACUGUAUAAUUAACCUAGAGAUAAACUAUAAUUGUCUGGAAUCAACGUUGCCACAAAGCCUGCUAGUUUUAGACUGCCACAUUUAAAGGUGCUGUCAAGAAGCGUGUUGGGAUCGAGGCUAGGGGUUGGGGAUGUGUGCGUCUACUAUAUUGUGCGUUGGUGGGAAUGGAAUAGAUACAAGUACUGUAGUGAUGAUUGAGACUAUCACUGCCACUGAAAAGUCCCACUCCAACUGUAUUUUUUACUUUUCCCAUUGAAAAACAAUAUUUCAAGUAUGAAUACAGUACACACAUUUAGGGGUAAAAAUAAAUACAUGUUUUGAGCAAAAUAGUAAAAAAAAAAAAACAUUUUUAACACAAUUGCGAAAUUCAAGAGUUUGCCAAAACAAGGAGUUGGUCUGAUGGUGCACUCUGAUGUCAUCGGAUUUUCCCUUUGCUUGCAGGAACAAUAGAGGAUCACCUAUUUUGUUAAGUGAAUCAGGUCAAUCAAUUAAGUUCUAGGGAGGCUGGAGUGGGUCUUUAACUGUAGUUUUCAACUUGGCUGCCAGUCGUCACAUGCACCUGUCCUUAUCGUACUUAACCUACUACUUUUGUCUAAAACGUAACCAGUAUUUAAUAACCAAACGUGGUAAAAGUAUCCUCUGGCCACCUGUGGUCUAUUGUAUGUGUCAGAAUGACUGGUUUCAAUGAACACUCCUAUUGUUUGAUCUUUUACCUUUAAAAAAAAAAUUGUCCUCCAGUUUGUCAAAUUGCAUUGACAAUUCCACAGUCUCACACUUCUUUCCCUUCAAACAAUUGGCCAAAUUGUACAAAUGCUGACAUCCCCGCACAAAACAUUCAAUAACAAAUUCCAUUAAAAUAAUAAUCAUAAUUCAGAAAACAUGAUAAAAUAACUACAUCCCCCAGUAGCAUCCCGUCACAUACUAUUGGCUCUGUUAAGAUGCUCCAACCCUUAAUUGAACACAAGCGGAUAUGUAGGACCAGUUUAGUUAACGGUAAAUUGAACAACUUGCCUUGCAUCAGUUGUGGAGACCAUCAAUGAACAUUCCUUGACUUAAAUUAGUCACUUGCGUAAAGAAAUUACUCCGAUACUGUAAUAAUCCUGGAAGUCACUGACCUAUCAAACCCACCCCUAAGGCUGUUUCAAGUAAACUAAGAAUCAUUUUAGUUGCCAAAAACAUAAUCAUGAUUACCAUAACAGACAUAAUUACACUCUUUAGAACAGGACACGCAACAGAAAUGGAAAAGUUACGGAAAUCUCAAUGGCAGAACCGUAUGAUAUAUGUGCACGGACAUUGUAGACUUGUAUAAGACAAUACAAGAGUGAGGGGGUUAAGGAGGAAGCCUCCUUCAUAUGUUAACUUGUAUUUUAGACAUCUGUUGGUCACAGCGAGGUCUAUGUGGACUCUCAGGCUCUGUCCUAACCAAAGAGUAGCUGCUAGGCUAGGUUUACACAGGCAGCACAAUUCUGAUCUUUUACCCAAUUGUUGGCAAAACAUCUGAUCUGACUGGUCAAAAGAGCAAUUAUUGGGCAAACGAUCAGAAUUAGGCUGCCUGUGUAAAGGCAGCCUUUGAGACCCAGACCACGAGGGGCUGUUAACUAACUAGGCAGUGAAGUGAACAGUGUAUGGGCCAGGAAUAGACUUGACAGGACAGUAUUGUCCUCGCCCCUAGUACACCCCAGACACCCAUUCCAUUUUGUCACGGAUCAUUUUGUGGUUGUCCUCCAGGCUCUGGGGCUCCCCACCGAUCCGUUUGAGCUGCAUCUGAACCCUGCAGUGGCGUCAGGCCUGUAAGUAGUGGUUGUAGAGGUUGGCACCAUAAAUGUCUGCUAUAGGGUUGUCACUGUGAUGGAGAGACGGGAGGGAAGGAAGAGAGUUAAGUGGGCUUGAGUUAAAAUGUGAUAGCCUGGCUGACGUGACCCACGUGACCACACAGCAAAGAGCUGUGACCCACUUGGUCUGAACAAGAGUCCGUGUAAAAUUCAAUAUUUGCUCACAAUUUGAGCUAACAUUUCGAAUGGUUCUCAUAUGCACGGUAUUUCCUCGUCAAUUUCCUACUCCCCACUAGCGAGAUAAACAAGCCAAGCUGUGGGGAGAAAAACUCAGGGGUGAAAUAUUCUGAAAAGUAAUGGCCAAUUUAGGGACUGAAUUAAGAUAGGCGCAACUUGAAGCAUUUCAAGCCUUUGUGUGAGGGGAGGAUAUAUUGAUGGUCUUGCCAAUUGCAUUUGGGGAAAAGCCUAAUUUAACCAGCUAGCGAGUUCUAGUCUUCAAGAAGCUAGGAAAACAGCUUCCAAUUCUGACAGUCGUGUCCACGCUAAAGGCUGUGGUGGACGGACUAAUCCACGAAGCAACAGCCCUGGCUCAGAUCGGUGGUUGUGAAGCAAGACAAGAACGUUAUAUUGGAGGGUGCAUGCGACCUUGUCUUCGGAAGUCCGGAGAGCUGGUUGGAGAAAACCAGGAAAGAUGUUUUGGCCUCAUUCCUUUACAGAUCCAAAAUCGUCCGAGUUAUUGCGGAUGAAGUCCACAUGGCCUACAAAUGGUAUGUACAAUGAUCUAGAACUGUUCAGCAAGACUACUCAUCUUGUUGGCUGAGGAAAAGUAAAUGUGGACAGUUCUUCUAACAUCUUCAAUAUGCACCUCGGACUUCGACAAGAAGGACACGCACAGUUGCGUCCCAGAUGUGUCUGUCUUCACUCUUAGCCUACUUCAGAGCUGAGAUGCCUGUGAGAAGGACCCGAUCACAUGAAGGGCAUUGGCUAAAAAUAAUGUAGGUAUCUGAGAGCCAUGUGAGUGUGAGGUGCUUCAGAGCACGGUGAUUGCCAGCCUGGAGAAGGGAAUUAUAUGAAUUAUAUUCAGUCCAAGGACACAAUGGCCACUUUGGCCACAAAAGGCAUGGAUUUUUUAGGGGACAUUAUGGCCACACAAGGAGGAUGCUGCCGGGACAUUAGAGGCCUAGUGAGAAUAUUAUCAAGUGCUUGUCAAAUUGUGAAUGAGAGACUGAUGUAGUGUGUGCAUCCUGCGCAAGAUACAAAGCUGAGCUCAUGACUUUCAUGCAACUUUUUUCAAAUCAUAAUUAGUCGCAUAAUUCAGCCUUAGAAUGUUUUAAAAAUCAAAACAUUUCUUGUGAAGGUGUAGCUUAUAUUAAAUGGAUUUUUGAAAUGCAGACAUUCCAAAGGUCUGCAUCAGUGGCUUGUAGGCUAUGCGUGGAAGCCAAGAGAGGCGAAAUUUUUUUAUGUUAAUUAACGAUCAAUUACCGUGAGACCAGCAGAUAUUUGCUUGACAAUCACCGGAUGACAAAAUGACAUGACAGCCCCAGUCUCAAGUUGGAAAAACUCCCAGCUCACAGAGUGCGCAUUGGUCCUCCUCUUCUUCCACCUACGACGAACGUUACACAGCUAUCCAGAAUCAGAACCAGUCAUGCUGCUCUGAGGCUGAAAGAUAAUUGUUCCACUGCACCUGGGUACAGAGAGGUUCAAAAGAUACCUUCACUCUACAUCUUCACCGGGUUUAAACCUUCACAUUUCACAAAGUCAUUCCACAUUUGCUUCAUGCCUUAUCUCACCCUCUAAAAUAAAGUGAAUUUUGUA